AUGCCGGGAAAAAGAGUCGCAGUGAUUGGUGCUGGCAUCAGCGGGUUAGGCGCCAUUAAGAUAUGUCUGGAAGAGGGCCUGGAGCCUACCUGUUUUGAGAGAAGCAAUGACAUUGGAGGACUGUGGAGAUACGAGGAGAAGGUUGAAGCUGGUAGGCCAAGUAUCUAUAAAUCUGUUACCAGCAACGCUUUGAAGGAGAUGACAGCCUUCAGUGAUUAUCCCUUCCCUGAUCACUUUCCCAACUACUUGCAUAAUUCCAAAAUCAUGGAGUAUAUCAGGAUGUACCUCAAACACUUUCACCUGAAGAAGCACAUCCAGUCAAAGAUGUGCAGUGUGAGGAAGCACUCCGACUUCUCUUCCACAGGACAGUGCGAUGUUGUGGUUGAGGUUGAAGGGAAGCAGAAAUUCUUUGUCUUUGAUGGGGUUAUGGUGUGUACUGGCCUUUAUACCAAUCCCUUCUUGCCACUCCAGAACUUUCCAGGAAUCAAGAAGUUCAAAGGUCAGUAUAUGCACAGCGGGGAAUACAAGACUCCAGAGGAAUUUAGGGGCAAGAAAAUCAUUGUGGUCGGCAUUGGAAAUUCUGGAAUUGAUUUGGCCAUCGAACUCAGUCAUGUAGUUGCACAGGUGUUUCUCAGCACAAGGCAGGUUGCAUGGAUUUGGAACCGGGUCUGGGAUAAUGGGAUGCCUAUGGACACUGUUCUCUUCACUCGUUUUAACAGUGUCGUCAACAAAUUUUACCCUACAUUCUUAAUCAACAAAUGGGCAGAGGAUAAAUUAAACCUUCGAUUUAACCACAACAUUUAUGGUUUGCUACAUCAACACAGAUAUCUGAGCCAUCACUCUUCUUUCGCUGAUGAUCUACCCAAUCACAUAAUUUCUGGAAGAGUUCUGAUAAAACCAAAUAUUGGAGAGUUCACAGAGACAUUGGCCAUCUUUGAAGAUGGCACAGAAGAAGACCUUGAUGUUGUUAUCUUUGCCACAGGAUAUACUUUCUCUUUUCCCUUUUUGGGAAACGACUCAACAGUUCUAGACAGUCAGUGCUCCAUGUUAAAAUUUGUCUUCCCUCCUCAGCAAGAGAAACCAACACUAGCUUUCAUUGGCAUCCUCCAACCAGUGGCCACCAUUCCCACAUCAGAACUCCAGAGCCGAUGGGCUAUUUGUGUAUUCAAGGGACUGAACAAAUUACCUUCGAUGGGUGUCAUGAUGGCGAACAUAAGGAAGAAGAGAAGAAAAAUUGAAAAAGAAAUGCUGAAUAAUCCUCGUAACAUAUUCAGAGUGCAGUAGGUGGAUUACAAGGAUGAAAUUGCCUCUGAAGCAGGAGUGAAGCCCAAUCUGUUCUCACUCUUCCUGAGGGAUCCAAAACUGUUUAAGGAAGUUUUCUUUGGGCCAUGCACACCUUACCAGUAUCGCGUACAGGGGCCAGGGAAGUGGGCUGGGGCCCAGGCAGCCAUCUUGACCCAGAAAAAGUGUAUCAUCAAGCCCCUGAGGACCCGCAUCCUCAUCCGUAACCAGCCUCUAUACUCUGUGCUAUUUUGGCUUAAAAUUGUCUGUUCAGCUCUUCUCCUCUUUGUUCUCACUUUAGUCAUUAUUAAAGGAUAA